AUGGAAGUUGACAAUCAAUUAAAGAAUAAUGAUAUUUUGAAAAGUUCAUUUCACAAAAAUGAAGACAAGGAACGUCCAAAAAAGAGUGUAAAGUUUGUAGCUCAGGAAAGAGAAAACAUAGAACAAGGAGGUGAAGCUAAACAAUCUUCAUUGGGAAAACAUUUACAUACCCAAGACGAAGAAUUACCAUUGGAAAAUGGUUGGAGUUUUUGGGAGGACCAUUGCCACACUCAUCAUGGUGAAAUGGCUACUACAGCUCAAUAUGAAGCUUCUUUAAAAAAGGUUUCAUCUUUUUCAACUGUUCAAGGAUUCUGGAAAGAAUUUAAUAAAUUACCACAUUUAAUUAGUGUACCAAAUAAUAGUUGUUACCAUUUAAUGAAAGAAGGUUCUGGCUCUACUGGAUCUCUUUUGUAUGUUUUAUAA